UUCUCUCCGGAUGCCCUCCUCUCUAUGGUGUCAGAGCCGCUCUGCCUCGCACUCGCUUGUCUCCUCUUUCCGCUUCCGCUGAUGCACGGCCUCUGUUCUGUAAGCGCUCGUUUUCGCGCCCGCCUGUCACUCUCUGACUAAUUCGCAGCGACAGGAGCUCGCCCGGCCGGUGCCAGUAUGUCCUGCAACUACGUGGUCACGGCGCAAAAGCCCACAGCGGUCAAUGCCUGUGUGACAGGACACUUCACAUCUGAGGAUGACUUGAAUCUUCUGAUAGCCAAGAACACGCGGCUGGAGAUCUAUGUGGUGACACCAGAGGGACUGCGUCCUGUAAAAGAGGUCGGGAUGUAUGGCAAGAUUGCAGUCAUGGAACUUUUUAGACCCAAGGGCGAGAGUAAAGACCUGCUGUUCGUGCUGACCGCCAAAUACAAUGCCUGUAUCCUGGAGUAUAAACAAACUGGGGACAGUAUCGAUAUAAUCACUCGCGCACAUGGCAACGUACAGGAUCGCAUUGGCCGUCCUUCAGAAACCGGGAUCAUUGGUAUCAUAGACCCAGAUUGUCGCAUGAUUGGGCUACGUCUGUACGACGGUUUGUUUAAAGUCAUCCCAUUGGAGAGAGACAAUAAAGAGUUAAAGGCUUUCAACAUCCGAUUGGAGGAGCUUCACGUCAUUGAUGUCAAGUUCCUCUAUAGUUGUCAAGCUCCUACUAUUUGCUUUGUAUACCAAGAUCCUCAAGGCCGGCAUGUGAAAACCUAUGAGGUGUCCCUCAGGGAAAAGGAGUUCAGCAAAGGUCCCUGGAAGCAGGAAAACGUGGAGGCCGAGGCUUCAAUGGUGAUUGCAGUUCCAGAGCCUUUUGGAGGAGCCAUUAUAAUAGGUCAAGAAUCCAUAACCUACCACAAUGGCGAAAAAUACUUGGCAAUAGCACCUCCGAUCAUUAAGCAAAGCACCAUUGUGUGUCAUAAUCGUGUAGAUGUAAAUGGAUCACGAUAUCUCCUUGGGGACAUGGAGGGUCGCCUUUUCAUGUUGCUGCUGGAAAAGGAGGAGCAGAUGGAUGGAAGUGUCACGCUGAAGGAUCUCAGAGUGGAGCUGCUGGGGGAGACCUCCAUUGCGGAAUGUCUCACUUACCUGGAUAAUGGAGUAGUGUUUGUGGGCUCGCGACUUGGAGACUCCCAGUUAGUUAAGCUCACAGCAGACAGUAAUGAACAAGGCUCAUAUGUUGUGGCAAUGGAGACUUUCACAAACCUGGGACCAAUUGUAGACAUGUGUGUAGUGGAUCUGGAGAGGCAAGGGCAAGGACAGCUUGUUACCUGCUCCGGGGCCUUUAAAGAAGGUUCUCUGCGAAUCAUUAGAAAUGGCAUUGGCAUCCAUGAGCAUGCCAGCAUUGACCUACCCGGGAUCAAAGGUUUGUGGCCGCUCAGAGUUGCUGCCAGCCGUGAAACAGAUGACACAUUGGUCUUGUCUUUUGUGGGACAGACUAGAGUUUUGACCUUGUCAGGAGAAGAAGUGGAAGAGACUGAGCUGGCUGGUUUUGUCGAUGAUCAGCAAACCUUCUUCUGUGGGAAUGUGGCACAUCAGCAGCUCAUUCAGAUCACCUCCGCUUCUGUGAGGCUAGUAUCCCAGGACCCACAAAGCCUGGUGAGUGAAUGGAAAGAGCCACAAGGUCGGAAAGUCAGUGUCUGUUCCUGCAACAGCCGGCAAGUGCUCCUUGCAGUGGGCAGAGUCCUCUACUACUUGGAAAUCCACCCAGGAGAACUGAGACAGACCAGCUGUACGGAAAUGGAGCAUGAAGUCGCCUGUUUAGAUGUCACCCCACUGGGUGGCAGUGAAGCUAUGUCCACGCUUUGUGCUAUCGGCCUAUGGACCGAUAUCUCUGCACGAAUCCUGAGCCUACCAGGUUUUCAGCUGUUGCACAAAGAGAUGCUGGGGGGAGAGAUAAUCCCAAGAUCCAUCCUCAUGACAUCGUUUGAAAGCAGUCACUAUUUACUUUGUGCGUUGGGAGAUGGCGCUCUCUUCUACUUCAGCCUCAACACAGACACAGGUGUUUUAAGUGACAGAAAGAAGGUGACUCUAGGAACACAGCCCACUGUUCUUAGGACUUUCCGAUCUCUGUCCACAACAAAUGUGUUCGCCUGUUCCGACCGGCCAACGGUUAUCUACAGCAGCAACCAUAAGCUAGUCUUCUCCAAUGUCAAUCUGAAAGAAGUUAACUAUAUGUGCCCCUUGAACUCCGAGGGUUACCCUGAUAGUUUGGCCCUAGCCAAUAACAGCACGCUAACCAUUGGAACCAUCGAUGAAAUCCAAAAACUGCAUAUCCGAACAGUGCCGCUGUACGAGUCUCCCAGAAAGAUUUGCUAUCAAGAGGUUUCGCAGUGUUUUGGUGUUCUGUCCAGUCGGACUGAGGUACAAGACGCUAGCGGAGGCAGCUCUCCUCUCCGACCUAGCGCCAGCACCCAGGCACUCUCUUCCAGUGUGAGCAGCAGUAAGCUGUUUUCAGGGAGCACGUCUCCCCAUGAAACCUCAUUCGGAGAAGAAGUAGAGGUUCACAAUCUCCUCAUCAUAGAUCAGCACACUUUUGAAGUCCUGCACACUCACCAAUUUCUGCAGAACGAGUACACACUCAGCCUGGUGUCUUGUAAGCUGGGAAAGGAUCCAAGCACGUAUUUCAUAGUGGGAACGGCAAUGGUGUAUCCAGAUGAGGCAGAACCGAAACAAGGGAGGAUCGUGGUUUUCCAGUACUGUGAUGGUGAGAAGAGCAAAUGCCAUGAACAUCAGAUGUUGGAAUGUUGGAAACUCCAGACUGUUGCAGAGAAGGAAGUAAAAGGAGCCGUGUAUUCUAUGGUGGAGUUUAAUGGGAAGCUGCUGGCCAGCAUUAACAGCACGGUGCGUCUGUAUGAAUGGACCGCAGAAAAGGAGCUCCGUACGGAAUGCAAUCACUACAACAAUAUCAUGGCUUUGUAUCUGAAAACCAAGGGCGAUUUCAUUUUGGUUGGAGACCUAAUGCGUUCGGUGCUUUUACUGGCUUACAAGCCAAUGGAAGGAAACUUUGAGGAGAUUGCACGGGAUUUUAACCCCAACUGGAUGAGCGCAGUGGAGAUUCUAGACGAUGAUAACUUCCUGGGAGCAGAGAAUGCAUUUAAUUUAUUUGUAUGCCAGAAAGAUAGUGCUGCUACAACAGAUGAGGAGCGACAGCACCUGCAGGAAGUUGGUCUUUUCCACCUAGGAGAGUUUGUGAAUGUCUUCUGCCAUGGGUCACUGGUGAUGCAGAAUCUCGGGGAGACGUCCCCUCCUACUCAAGGCUCUGUCCUCUUUGGGACAGUUAAUGGGAUGAUCGGUCUGGUGACAUCAGUAUCCGAGAGCUGGUACAACCUCCUUCUAGACGUUCAGAACAGACUCAAUAAAGUCAUCAAGAGCGUUGGCAAGAUUGAGCACUCCUUCUGGAGGUCAUUCCACACUGAGAGAAAGACUGAAUCUGCAGCAGGAUUUAUAGAUGGAGAUCUUAUUGAAAGCUUCCUGGACAUCAGCCGGUCAAAGAUGCAGGAGGUAGUAGCAAAUCUACAGAUCGACGAUGGCAGCGGCAUGAAGCGAGAGACCACUGUUGAUGACUUGAUAAAGAUAGUGGAAGAAUUAACCAGGAUUCACUGAUUGCCACUCCCUCCUGCUUACCCCUUAGGUUUCCCCAAUAUCCUCCCAAGACUGUGGCCCCGUGGGCCUAAUGGACAAUGAGAUCUGCUUUGUAUAUAUCCUGUCGGUGCCUAGAGAUGGAACAACUUGCUUUGCUGCCCUACUGGCUCUUACAUCUUAGCUUCCAGGAGUGGCCACCAUGCAUUGCAGGCCUCCACUUGCCAGCAAAUGGAAAAAUGUGUUCUAAAGGUUAUUUCUUGCCCGACCCCUUUGCUUCAUUCUUAUCGCUGUCCAUCUAAAUAUUAUAUGUAUUUUUUUCAUAUAUUAAAUUGUGAAAGCAGGGUCUUCCCUACAAACUUUGUGCAUAGCAAAGGGUGAGCUAUGAUGACACAGAGAAAGUGACCUCAUCGGUAGCAACUGUGGGGUGCUUCGUCUGCGAGUUCAUACUCUAAUAAAGCUGUGUGCCUCCCAGGCUUCUCUUUAUAGAAGGUUAAAAGGGGGGAGGUUAUUUUCUGAUAUUUUAGGAAAUAAUUUAGACUGCAUUUGUAACUGGCCAGGGCUGCUUACUGCAAGUAUUUGCGUGCGGUAAUUUUGUCUACAAGUUUCUAAUUUGAAGUGUGUAAAAUGAUUUGUUCUAGAAUUGUGUUUUUCUUGCAUUGCAGAGAAUAUCAGUGUCGUAUGUUCCCAUCUAAUCCUGCACAUGUGGCUGUAACAAGCAAUGCCCCACAAAGGACAGUCUCUGCGGCCUCUUGCUGGUGGGAUAGUAUCUUGUAGGAUACUCUGAUAGUGCUGCCAACCUAGCAGGGGCCUAGUAAGACAUCUAAGGAUCACGCAGUGUUGGGCUGCAUGUAAUUAUAUUCUCUCUAUUCUCUGGACCUUUUCAGAUGAAAAUGUUUCCCAAUUCUGUUUCUCAAGCCACACACAAUAAUUAGUAUCUUUCAAAACUUCGCCAUCCCGUAUGUCACAUGAACUGCUUCGGGGAUAUUUUGUGGCUGCUGACAUUAGUGUAUUAAAUUUUGUUUGGGAUAUCUGCUUGCAGUUUCAUGAAAGAUUCAAUGAACUUUAUUAUUUGACACCCA